AUGCGCAUGCGACGGUGCGCGAAGCUCCGCGUGUCCCCGGCACCCGCAGACGUGUCCCGGCAACUGCAAAGCAAAAGGAACAUUGGCAGAAACCGUCACGGCCAGAAGCAGCUAGACGCACGAGACAAGGGACGGGGCAGACCAGAGAUGGAGAUGGCAACAGUAGCAGCACCGGCGGCCGGCCGCAGCGGAGGAGCGACGACGGCGUCAGGGGAGUACUGGAGCGAGGCGCUUAAGUCGUUCCUCGACCACAUCCCCGUCUCCUCUCUCUCCGGCGCGCUCCAGUCCUCUCCCUCCCCAGCGUUGGAGCUCAACCUUGAUGCCUGCGUGCUGGACGCCAUCGGUUCCAUGCGCCCCGCCAAUGCGGGCGGCGCCGUGAUCGUCGACGAGGUCCACCGUAGCCUUGGCAAGUUCGUGGACCGCGACAUAGGAUACGUCGAUUUGCCCAGCCUCGUCUUAUGGGCACUCGAGGAACUUGACAGGGUGAGCACUGAACGACAAGACAAGAGUUCCGACUUCCUCUCAAGUCUGAAACUGCAUCCUCAGAUUGCAGAAACCAAGAUCGCCUGGUUAGCGAAGCUGUUCCUGUUGGAGCCAUUCUUCCCCGUUCGGUCCCAUGAUACGCUUUUCCAUGCAAUGCUGCUCUUCUCCAAACACCACAGGCUCAAUGUGAUACCUGUUGUUGAGUCGGUCAACUCCAGUGUUGACGGAUUUGUUACUCAGAAUGCAGUCAUGGAGCUGCUUCUCCAAUCAAGUGGUCUUGAAUGGCUCGAUAAAAUCGCAGACAAACAACUAUCGGUAUUUAGAUUUGCCAAUGCAAGCAAGCCUGUUCUUGUGUACUCGGAUGAGAUUGUGGCCUACGCAUUUGGUGUUCUUUCGAAGGAGAAGACAGGAGUUGCAGUCAUCGACCGAAAAACUCGGCGGUUGAUUGGAAUGAUUCAGUGCAGCGAUGUUUACCUGCUGUUGGACGAUAGCUCCUUGUUCAGCAACAGAAAGAUCAUGAGUGCUGAGGAAUUCGUCAAGCUGAAGAACAAGGAUGACAAAUGCAGCACGGAGCAUUCAUCGGAAUCUGAGGGCCAGAGCGUCCCCAGCCUCAGAAGCAGAGUGCAGCAACCUGUUGUAACGCACAGGAGGUCCGACACCCUGAAGCAAGCAAUGGAGAAUCUAGCAGCUUCAGGAAGCAGCUGCAGCUUCAUCGUGGACGAGCAGGGGCACGUGGAAGGAGUCGUGGCGCCAAGAGAUAUCAUCUCCGUCUUCUCCCCGCCGUGCAUGGACUCGAGGAUCGAUGGGGGUACCUUCUUCUCGGCCGCGCUUGAGCAGGCCGGCUGCCGCGUUGAGAAUGGACAGAUAAUUAGGAACACUUAGCUAGUCAUGAUCGGAGAGAUUGCAUUUCGUUAGGGCAGAGUGCAGAUAACUAACUCGUCAGUUCAUCUGUUUGCUCUUCACUAAUAGGAGUAUUUUUGCACUGUCAAAAGUUACUGUCA